AUGUCCGACGAGGCUGAGUUCAAGAGGGCUGGAGCGCUCUUCAGCGCGGGCAAGUACCACGAGGCGAUCAGCGCCUACUCCGCGAUAGAGGCGAUGGAUGGUGCAACAGUAGAGGUGCGAGCGCGCGCGCUCAACAACAUCAGUGCCUGUUAUGCGGCACUCAAGAGCUAUGAAAUGUCGAGCAAGGUUGCGCGGGAGGUCGUUAGCUUGCAGCCUGACAAUGCCAAGGCGCACGGCCGCGUCGCAGCCGCCGAAGAGGGUCUGAAGCGGUACAGCGAAGCCUCCCUCUACUACUCGGUGGCCAGCAGGCUGGAUGCAAAUAACCCCACGUAUGUGGAAGGGGCACAGCGCUGCGACGCACUCGUGCAGGCCGGCCGCGGAGUGGCCAGCGCAGAGGCGAAGGACGCCUAUUACUACGAGAAGAGCCUUGAGCGCGCGAUGGAGGCAAUGCAGAAGACGAGCUAUCUGGAGGCCAUUCGACACUUCGGAAAGGCCCUCGAUUUGUUCCCCUCAACCGGCACCUCGAGGGAGAAGGCAGCGCUGCUAAGUAAUCGCAGCGCCGCGUACUUCCGCGCUGAGCGCAUCGAGGAGAGCGCCGAUGACGCGCUGGAGGCCAUCAAGGCGGACGACACGUACGCCCGUGGUUUCUACCGGCUCGGUGCUGCAAAGGCGAAGCUCAAGAAGGUUGCCGACGCGUACGACGCGCUGACCACGUGUGUUAAGCUCGAUCCCAAGCACGUGGAUGCAACGCGGCUCCUCGCCGAAGUCCUGCCGGCGGCGCUAGAGUCACGCAAAACUGCUGAAGAGCGGGCUCGCGACCACACCCGCCAGGUGACACACAUGACGGAGCGGCUGAGUGAGAUGCAGGCGACCGCCUCAUCAAACGCGGUGCCGCGCGCGACGGCGCACGGGUCAGCGUACUCCUACUGUAACUUCUGCAACGAAACGGGACACUCGCGGUCGGAGUGCCCUCUUCUGCGGCGCAAGCGCAGCCGCCCGCUCUGA